CUGCUCAACUUGGUAGUCAACGUUAAGUUUAUAAUAGUCCUAGAUGUGCAAACGGGUACUAUUUUCGCCAGCGUAUUCGAGCACCAUUGCCGUGCACCCAUGAUGUGCGCUGCGGUUUGCGUUAACGGAUGUGUCUGUAACCCGGGCUAUAUCAAGGAGUCUACUUAUGGUAAAUCAGUUGAAGCCGAUGCACUGGCAAAUGAUUGUCUUUGCGGUGAUGUUGCGGGCAAUAUAUGCGGUAGUAUUGCCAACAAACAGACCAAUCGUGUUACAGCAGACCCGGCUUUGAUUGGUGCCCAAUGGAAACUGUUCCAGACCCUGUGCUGUGCCAAGGCGGUGGUGGCCGGCGAUCACUGCUGCGUUAGGGCCAACAUUCCCGGAGCUAACGGCGAGUACACCCUAAUAGGCGAGUGCCGUCCCGAUGGCUACUAUACCUGUAAAGCGGGUGGAAUUCAGGCACAGUUAAAGUUUGUGUGUCCCAUAUGUGCCAUCAAUGAUGUCGAUGGUAUGGAUAGUUGCAACUCUGCUUUUAUCGCUAAUCAGUUUAUUUAUCAGCAAACUCUUGAUACCGACUUUAUUGUUGAAGGGGGCAACCCAUGCACGUGCACUCUAUGGCGGGGCACCCACUGUGGCUAUCGGGCCAACCUUGACAUCGAUCCAUCCAAACAACAGUCGCCUCUAACCGGCGAUUGUGAACCCAAAGGCCUAUACAGUUGUUUUGAUGUGGGCACUGUGGCUACACUGAAACAACCCUGUGCCUACUGUAACGGUCGCUUCCAGGUGUACGGCAUAGACGAGUGUAUAAAAGACACGGAAUGUUAUUGCAAUGGACAGGAGGGCACGUUUUGCUACGAUAAUAAUAUUCGUACGUAUAAUGUGUUUAAGGGCCAGUGCCGGAGCAGCUCUAUAUACCGGUGCGCCGGCAACACUGGCAAUGUGGCCCAAUACGUACAGCACUGUCAUAAUUGCCUCGAUAGUAGGGAUAGUGUGCUAGGCAAGGGAUUGGCCUAUUGCGAUGAACCAUGCCGGUGCGGUCUGCUAAUGGGCAAGCAUUGUGGCAGUUGGGCCGUCGUUGACAGUCCAGACGGCCAUGUGCUGAGCGGCAAUUGCACGGAACAGGGCCUAUACGAGUGCACCCAAUCGGGAGGAGUUGCAAAACUACUGGAUACGUGUCCGCUCUGCGCACAAACUAAUAAACCUUUUGACAACGACUCGUGCAACGAAUCGGUGCGCUGUACGUGCGGUGAGAGCACCGGACGCUUGUGCUCAGACAGUGUCGGCAGUGAAUUGAAAGGCAUUUGUAACAAAAACGGUAUCUAUCAGUGCGACAAACCUCACGCGGAGGCCCUGUUUGUGCAGCACUGUCACGAGUGUCAUCAAAGUGAGCCUGGUCACGCUAAAUGCACUGGUACGUGCCGGUGCGGUGACACACUCGGUCAACAUUGUGGCACCCGGGCCGGUGAGGGCGAGUUUAGCCGCAAACCCGUUUUGAGCGGCAAUUGUCUGCCCAAUCGACUCUACAAUUGCAUCGAAAGUGGCAAAAAUUCUCAUUAUAUCGAUGAGUGCGACAAUUGUUACGUUAAUAACACCAUUGGUUCCGACAAUUGUUAUCCUGCUAGCAACUGUAUGUGCGGUAAGCCUUUACGUACACACUGUGGCAGUAGAGCCGAUGUGGACACAGAAUACGGCCCAUUAUUGACCGGAGAGUGCGAUCCGGACGGUCUGUAUUUGUGCCUCGAGUCAUACACUUCGGCCCGACUUAAGUCCUGGUGCGCCGACAAAUGUCAACUGAAUGCGGGCACUGGCAAUGAUUUUUGUCAAUCAGAUACGUCAUCAAUUAAGGAGUUAGAGAUUUUGCUAUACGUACAGAGCGCUCAUGUGGUUGAAUAUUAUUCAUUUUGGUCAGAGAAUAAUAACUUGUUCAUUCAGAUGGAAUAUUGCCAAGAUACAUUGAAAAACAUUUUAAAAUUGCGCCUGGGAGCAUUUGACAGAAAAUGUGGUCAGCCUAUGUGUGUAGUCGAGUAUUUCAUAUUUACCGAAAUUUUCCGGGAACUUCUCGAAGGCGUUCACUAUUUACAUUCGCUUCAAAUACCUAUCAUCCAUCGUGAUCUAAAACCGGCAAACAUUCUCAUAUCGUAUGAUUACGUUAAUGAGAGACAAUUUAUUAAGUUAUGUGACUUUGGUUUGGCCACAUUUCACACACGUAGUCAGGCCAGUCAUACGUAUGGUGUGGGCUCACCCGGGUAUACACCAAAUGAGAUGUCAAACACUGUGUAUAACAAACGACCGAAUUGUGACCGAAUCCUAUCAUCGGUAACCAAAUGGACAGUCGAUCGGCAACUGAUAAAAAUAGCCUAUCUCAACCGUACAAGUGCCGUAACAAACAGUGCGGAUACGCCGACCCACACGCCAACAAUACCCCCCAUAUUAUACACCAAUUCCGGCCAAUUCAUAGCCAACUUCUCCACAAUCAGGGCUUCGAACGCGUGUUCGGGGAUUAGAUUAAUGCGAGUAAAGCCCGGCAGUGAUUGCCGACGGGUUAGGGCUGACCAUUGGGUAUAG